GAGUUAGGCGCUAGCCAAUAAGGAAGGGAGGCGGGGCUGGAUGCGUGUGGAAGGGACCCCAGGGAUUGUUGUGGUUAUCGCGGCGUCAGACGCACGGAGCGGCUUGUCCGUGCCCCUGGGUCGAGUGUUCACCGCCGCCAUGAGCUACACAGGCUUUGUCCAGGGAUCUGAAACCACUUUGCAGUCGACAUACUCUGACACCAGCGCUCAGCCCACUUGUGAUUAUGGAUAUGGAACUUGGAACUCUGGGACAAAUAGAGGCUACGAGAACUAUGGUUAUGGCUAUGGCUAUGGCCAGGAUAACACCACCAACUAUGGGUAUGGUAUGGCCACUUCAAACUCUUGGGAAAUGGCUAGCUCUGACACAAAUGCAAACCCUAGUGCCUCGGGUAGCACCAGUGCCGAUUCCGUUUUAUCCAGAAUUAACCAGCGCUUAGAUAUGAUGCCGCACUUGGAGACAGACAUGAUACAAGGAGGUGUGUACGGCUCAGGUGGAGAAAGAUAUGACUCCUACGAGGCCUGUGACUCAAGGGCCAUCCUGAGUGAGCGCGACCUGUACCGGUCAGGCUAUGACUAUGGCGAGCUUGACCCCGAGAUGGAAAUGGCCUACGAGGGCCAGUAUGAUGCUUACCGUGACCAGUUACGAAUGCGUGGCAGCGAUACCUUCGGUCCAAGGGCUCAGGGCUGGGCCCGGGAUGCCCGGAGUGGACGGCCAUUGGCCUCAGGCUAUGGGCGCAUGUGGGAAGAUCCCAUGGGGGCCCGGGGCCAGUGCAUGCCUGGUGUCUCCCGGCUGCCCUCCCUCUUCUCCCAGAACAUCAUCCCCGAGUAUGGCAUGUUCCAGGGCAUGCGUGGCGGGGGUACCUUUCCGGGUGGCUCACGCUUUGGCUUUGGAUUUGGCAAUGGCAUAAAGCAGAUGAGGCGGACCUGGAAGACUUGGACCACUGCUGACUUCCGGACCAAAAAGAAGAAGAGAAAGCAAGGCGGCAGUCCUGAUGAGCCAGACAGCAAGGCUACCCGAACGGACUGCUCAGACAACAGUGACUCAGACAAUGAUGAGGGUACUGAAGGGGAAGCCACAGAGGGUAUUGAAAGUGCUGAGGCUAUGGAGAAAGGCUCCCGAGCAGAAGGAGAGGAAGAGGAGGGAAAAGAGGAUGGGAGAGAAGAAGGCAAAGAAGAUUCAGAGAAAGGGGCCCUGACCACCCAGGAUGAGAGUAGCCAGGCCAAGCGCAAGUUGCAGGCAAGCAAGAAGAGCCAGGACAAGCAGAAGAAGCGGCAGCGAGACCGAAUGGUGGAAAGGAUCCAGUUUGUGUGUUCUCUCUGCAAAUACCGGACCUUUUAUGAGGAUGAGAUGAGCAGUCACCUUGACAGCAAGUUCCACAAAGAGCAUUUUAAAUAUGUAGGCACCAAACUCCCCAGGCAGACUGCUGACUUCCUGCAGGAGUAUGUUACUAACAAGACCAAGAAGACAGAGGAGCUCCGAAAAACUGUGGAGGACCUUGAUGGUUUGAUCCAGCAGAUCUACAGAGACCAGGAUCUGACCCAAGAAAUUGCCAUGGAGCAUUUUGUAAAGAAGGUGGAGGCUGCCCAUUGUGCAGCCUGUGACCUCUUCAUUCCCAUGCAGUUUGGAAUUAUCCAGAAGCACCUCAAGACUAUGGAUCACAACCGGAACCGCAGACUCAUGAUGGAGCAGUCUAAGAAGUCCUCUCUCAUGGUGGCUCGCAGUAUCCUCAACAAUAAGCUCAUUAGCAAGAAACUGGAGCGCUAUCUUAAGGUGAGGGCGAGAAUCCUUUCACCGACAGCCCGGAAGAAGAGAAGGAGCAGGACGAGGUGGAGGGUGCUACUCUGGAGGAGGGAGCACCAGAAAUGGCAGGGCUCAGAGAGGACAUGCCAGCACAGCCUCCGGUGCCCCAGGAACCCGCCCCCGCGACUGCCACACCGCCGCUGCCGCCGCCGCCACCCCCUGAGGAGGAAGAGGGCGCAGUACCCCUGCUGGGCGGGGCGCUGCAGUGCCAGAUUCGUGGCAUCCCGGGCCUUGACGUGGAGGACGACGAGGAGGGUGGUGGGGGUGCCCCAUAACCCGUACACGGGGUGGACAGGGCUCACAUGGCCGAGGCUGAAAGCCCAGUCUAAUAAAAUUUUUCCCACCCCACCUUGUUCGUGUUGUCUGUGAGUGGUGAGCGUUUCC